AUGGAUGAUGACGCUCUCACAAAAGUUGCUUUAACGUGCCCCAAUAUGGAGAUUCUUGAUGUGUCCUCAUGUCUAAGUCUUACAGAGGCAGGUAUUGCUUCAAUUCUUGAGGUAUGCAAUCAGAUAAGGAACUUGCAGUUUGAGAAAUGUCCAUUGAUUAAACAUAUCGGAGAAGGUUCAGAAUUACCUAAUGUUGAGGUAGUAAGUGCAGUUGGUUCAGUAAUAAACGACGAAGGCCUGGCCGUGAUUGGGAGCAGAUGUUCUCGCCUAUUGAAAUUAAACUUGGAUUUUUGUGAAAGAGUGACAACAGAUGGCAUUCAGGCUAUGGUGAAAACUUGUAGAUCAUUAAGAGGGAUACAAUUGAAGAAGUGUCUGCAAGUUAGUAUCAAUUCUCUAAAUAGCUUGUUAUUAUCUAGGGGUGUCAAAUGGACGAGUUGA